AUGUCCUUGAAUACAAUUGUAGAAUCAUGCUUACCUCUGCAUUCCACUUUCAAAGUUUUGCAUUUCCAAUCCAAAGCGAAGCAGUGUAAGAAUUUAUUUCUAUACGAUGCCCUGAGCCAAAAUAAACCUACAUGCACAUUAAAGAUCAAGCACUUCUUUAGUUUGGUGGAUGCUUCAAACUACGUGCUUUUGGGUAUUGAAAUUAAUAUAUAUCUUACAUUGUUCAAAAGUCAUACCGACCAGCAUAUUUUUGUAGCGAAAGCAGAUACUACUGGGUUCAAACUGUUGAAAUCAUUGGGGGUUAAAGCAGGUGAAAUAAUCUCAUGUUUCUUACAUUUCUUGCUCUCAAUUGAUAUUAAUGAAAGUUAUGGGAAGGAGGUGACAUUGAGUAAGAAAACCAAAUCAUGGGAAGGAAAGAAAGUAUCACGAGACGAUUCAAUUGAGCUGGGAGACAGUCACACUGUCAAGGCAUUACUCAAAGCUGCCUAUCGUAUCUCGAAGGAUUCUUUUUAUUAUCAAAGAGUAAAAAGUUAUAAGUUGCGUAAGGAGUAUUCCCAAGAACAGAAAGAAAUUAGAAAUCGAGCAAAAAGAACUGGCAUAAAGUUUGUGGAGCCCAUCUACAAUCACAUCUCUUUGUUCACAAGAGCUGAAAAACAAUACCUCUUCCCUGAGUCGUUCCGUAAUCCCUUUAAGCAUAUCGUAGAUGGUAAGCAAUUACUCAGUUGGUGGCUCAAGAUUAUAAAUCAAGUAUUGCAUGACUUCAAUUUUAAGACUAAUCAGAAUUUGAAGUGGAAUUGUAAGCUCUCAAUUCCAGGCUCAGAUGAUGACGCUACAAAGAAAUUCCACACUAAUCUUCAAGAUUUCGAUGGCAUAACCUGGUCAAAUGGGAGCAUAUUCAAUAAAAAAGACGCAGCAGGUAUUGCCGUUUUUGAAAUUCCUCUCUUCCCAGAUGAUCCUAAAGGAAGAUUCUUGGAACAUUUGGUAGUUGAAGGGAGACAUAGAACUACCAAUUCAAAGCAAUUCUGGGAAGAAUUGGGCAUCAGACAAGAAUUUAGACUUGGUAAUCUAGUAGGAAUCAUAGGUUGCACAACUGAAGAUCAACUUUCAAAGAGCCAAAGGAUCAUUUCGUCCCAUAUAUCAUUUGCUGAUUAUAAGAGACUAAUGAAUUUGGUGAAGGGAGAAGAUUAUUCUAAUGAUGAAAGUAAGCUUCUAAUCAAAACUCAAAUUCCAGAGUUAUUGAACGAAAUUGGUGCAAACUGCUUAUCAACCGUUAAAGGCACUAGAAAACAUUCAGAGACUAUUACUACAGCAACAACAAAGCCAGCUUCCGUCGUACCGCUGGUAAAUAAUCUUACUGGCUUGAUAAAAAGAAAGAAAAAGAAAAUAGAGUCAUAG